AGGGUAUUUGUCCAAACAGGAAUACAUUCUUGUGAGAAAGAAGUAACAUGGAGCAACACUGGCUGACAGUUUGUGCACUGAUUUUAGCGCUCAGUGCCUUUAUGCACCAUGGAAUAGCUUUUACUGCAGAAGCAGACGGUAAUGUAACAGGGAUUCUUCUAAAACGGGGCCACUGCCCACGUCUCCUUAAUGUUAUCCCAUCACACAAAGGCUGUGUGUGUGAUGAAGACUGUCCCGCUAACCACAAAUGCUGUGUCUUUGAUUGUGGAGCAGUUUGUGUCCAUCCUGCUUUUACCAAACCAGGAGUGUGUCCUCGCAGACACUGGGGCUCCGGACCGUGUGCUGAAUUUUGCUCCAAUGACAGUGACUGUCCCAAUGACGAGAAGUGCUGCCACAAUGGAUGUGGACAUGAGUGCAUUGCACCAUACAAAGUGAAGCUGGGUCGCUGUCCCAUUCCCCGGGGAACCCCCAUUUGUGCUGAGUUCUGCUAUCAUGAUGGACAGUGUCCAGGGGAGCAGAAGUGCUGCAGGACAUCUUGUGGCCACGCCUGCAGCGAACCCUGCUGAUGGACAGCACAGCAACCGGGCUACAAAAACACAAACGUAUCAUUGUGUCCCUUUUUCCUUCAACAUUUUUCAUUUUGUGGUUGCACAGUUUGGUACAAUAGUUGAUUACUGGUUUGCACAAAGUGGAAGUCUUUGGGGGCGACCGUAAAGCUCCUUUAAAUGACAGCAUUUUAUGUUCCUGUACUUUAAGUACACACACCCAAAAAUAAAAAUAAAACAAAUCAUUCUAUUCUCUAAAAAUGGAAGAGCAAGAACUAUAGAAUAACCUCCAGAAUAGUAGUCUUCUCUUGAUUAAUUUGAACCCUGACUUAGUUUGAUGCCAAUACAAUUUUGGUCAGUAUUUUUGUACGCCUAUUUUCAUUAGAUUAAGUUAUUGAUUGUAUAACUUAAUCUAAUGAAAACACACUGUACUUAGCCCAGAAUCAAUGUGUGCUUUAACCAAUAAACAUGUUUCCUGAACCUAGAAAAGUCUUAUAUAUUUAUCAACGUGCUGUUGUAUGAGUCUUGACUUUUAGAAGUUGCUUUUAUUGUUUUUUUUACGCAAGCCUGGUGGAAAAAGAAUGGAAAAUGCUUAUUAGCAGAAAACCAGACUAUUUAAAGAGGUGACUGAUGCACCUCAGCUUCACACAUCUACAUAUCCAGCCCACCUUUUAUAUAAUGCAGCCAAACGUUUUAUCAUUUUUGUACUUUGUACUUACCAACCACGAACAUCUGUAGGCUAUGUCACAGAAACCUGUGACGGGCUUCUAAUCAUCAUCAGAUAGGCAUCCUAUGUUGAGAUAUGACUAAAUAUGUGGAAUGUUGCUUUGCUUUUAUUUUUGUUCCAUAUUGUUGCCAGACGUGCAGGGCUGAGAUUUGCUGACCGCCCAGA